UCGUGCACAGAAGAGCUUAAACCACCCAAAGGAGGAACAGGACUAAACCGUCCACUCUGCUGCACUGAAAUCACGUUGGGGGGAUGAGACACUCACUGCCCUUUUCUGCUUGCAUGAAGGCAUCAUCAAAAUACAGGGCUGCCUCUCUGGCUGAAGCACCAGCACUAUGCUUGCACCGAGGGCAGGCUGAGCCGAGAGCCCAGGGAACGCCGAGUCCUGCUCCAGUGUGAGAAGAGCAUGUCCUGAUGCAUAGCAGACAGUUAAUUCCCGUUUUUGAAACCUCUAGCCUGGCACUUCAUAACAGGUUGACUCAGCUCACACUUGCUUUAGUGAGAGAUGAACCACAAAGGGGUGCUUUCGUACAAGUUCAUUACAUCGGGUCCUCAAGCCACGCUUUUUUAAGGGCACACCAUUCAACAUGGGGAUUAGAUGAAAUGAUUCCAAUUUUGACUCGUUCACAGUGACAUAUAAAAUUGGGAAAUCUUUUGACAAGGAAGACAUUUAUAGGUAUACUCGGGCUCACAUAUGCAUGUAUAUGUAUUUGUAUAUAUACUUGAAAAAAAAUCAAUGUCACAUUGUGUCACUGCUACCCCAGAGACUUUGUCCCAAGUGCCAUGCUUCUUAAGAUUUUUAUCGAUCAAUAUUUACUUUUCCAUUCCCUUCUGGGAUUAGUUUCAAGAAAUAGACUUCCACAUCUCAUGCCAGCAAAUGCCGACGAAGUGAAGGGCAUGAACGUAAAGCUUAAAGGUUGACUUCAAGGCGAACAAACAACCCCCCCCAGACCCAGCCUGCAGUUCAGCUUUGCUCCCCAGAGACUACUCUCUGUUGUGGUUAUUGAUACUGUUCAAAAUACCAAUACUCUUUAUCCAUGUUGUUUGAAAGCAGAGUGGUUUUUUUCAUGUUCACUAAAAGAUGAUCUGCCUUUAUAUAAAGCCAUCUUCUUUUAAGCACAAAUAUUAUUAAACUCACAGGAAUCCAUAAAGAGUGAUGGGACAUUUUUCUAAAACGUCAGGCCCAUACAUCUUCCACGUUCUGCGAUUCGGAAGCAGUGUAGAAGGCCAUAAACCAUCCGACUGCUGUGAUUCACUGCUAUGAUUCAUAUGCUUGAUACAAAUAUUCAGAGAUCAAAGUGGUACCUACCGCAAAAAGGAUUUUAAAUGAUUUUUUAAUGUCUACCAUAAAGAUGGACUUUUCAGCUGAAGCAAUAUUCUUCUGAUUGAUAUUGGCUAUUUUAGGUAGCAAGUCCCCUGCAGUAAAGAUUGACGCUUCCUUUAUGAAUUGUAUGGUGCAGUACAUAAAGCAAUGCACUCCGCAGAUGUGUUUCCUCUCUGACCUAGGCUGAAUAUGAGACACUCAGCACUCAGGAGGUUUUCUGGGCAAAAGUUUGCCGGGAGUUAAAAAAAGAACAGGAAUUUCUUCACAGCGAAGGAAUCUGGAAGCUCUCCUAAACCUCCUUGUAUUAACUUUGUGGUACAUGAAGGUGUUAAACUGGCAUGUGUCUAUUGACGGGGGAGUGAUCCUUUUAAGUCCUCUGCUUCGUCUCCACUUGUGGAAUUUGUUGUGCCAGUGGGACGAGGCUGGCUAUAAAACCCCAGCGCAGGGGACCUCCGUCCCGCUCAGGCAGCCCGUGACUGCGUCCCCGCCAAGAGCAGCCCCGGGGACACUCACCCGUUCAUCCCUGCUGGGUGGGCGACUGCGUUGCCGACGGAGGAGGAUGGACGCGAGGUUCGCCUGGAUGCUCUGCGCGCUCUGCCUGGUGGUCACGGUCAGAGCGUUUACCCAGGAAGGGGUCAAGGAGAUUUUGCUGGAGCAGCUGGGGCUCUCUGAGGUCCCUAAACUUCAUAAGAGAGACCUGGUGAAUCUGGUUAUCCCAGACCACAUAAAGAACAAAUACAUCUCACUGCUGAAGCGCCACAGGGUGAAGCGCAGAGCUUUGCCGAGCCUGGCCGGCAUCCUCAGGGGAAUCCCUGGCAACGCAGACAUCCCAGGAGAAGUCCUCUAUUCUGAUACCACACGCCAGAAUCUCAUCUUUGACAUGGAGGGGAGGAUACCUAAAAACAGUGAAGUGACAAUGGCUGAACUGAAGCUUUUCAAAAAGCCUCUGGACAGAACAAACCUGCCCGCCAAGCAGUCUCACAGGCCCGUCUCCAACGCCAGAGUCAGCGUGUACUGGGUGCAACGGCAGCUCGAUGGGACCAACAGGACCUCCCUGAUAGACUCACGGCUGGUUCCCAUACAAGAGUCAGGCUGGAAGAACUUUGAUGUGACGCAGGCCGUGCAUUACUGGCUACGAAACAAGAGGCGGGAGCCAAUGCUUCUGGAGGUCUGGAUCGAAGGAGAAAGAGUCGGCAGCUAUGCUUCGGAAAUGGCCAAAGCUGUGCGUUUUACCUCUCAGGACCCCACGGAUAAAGCCUUAGGCAAACCUGAAUUGGUGCUUUAUACCCUCGACUUGGAAGACUAUGGGGGCCCUGGGGACUGUAAGGAGGACGCCAGGAAGGGGAAGUCCACCUGCUGCCGGCAGAAGCACUACAUCAACUUCCGGGAGCUCACGUGGACCCAGUACUGGGUCAUCGAGCCGGCGGGGUACCAGGCCUACCAGUGCUCGGGGGGCUGCCUGCAGCCCGGCAGCCUGCUGCGUCGCUUCGGCUAUGGCGAGAGGGCCUGCGCCGUGGUGGAGAGCUCCCCUCUCCCCAUGAUGUACCUCGUCAAGCGGGACAACUACACUGAAAUCGAAGUGGCCGAAUUUCCGAACAUGAUUGUCGAGAAGUGCAGCUGCGUUAUGGACAACAUGGCGCUGGUGUAAGUGCAGAUACCCAGCCAGGGCCCCGCAGCUCUUGCAGAAAAGUGAGAUGUCACUGAGUCCCUUCCUUCCCUGUAACCCUGCCCAGAGCCUGCCGUGGCCCCAGACCCUGUGGUCCAGCAACACAGGCUGGCAGCCAGAGCUGCCGGGUGCCCCGAGGGGAGGUUGUGCCUGGCCGAGCCCCUUCCUCUCACAGUGGCGGGUGGUCACAGGGACCGCUGGCUGCCCAGCUGUGAGGGUCAGCAGUGGCCAAGGCUGCAGCUCCCCUAUGCUCUCCUGUAGAGAGGAUGUGGUUAAAGGCACCAUCCGUACAGAUGGGCUCAGAGGAGCGUCAGGCUUCACAGAGAUACAUAUGCGGGGCAGCAAAAUGUACCUGUGGAGCCUGAUGCUUCCCUGGGCCAGUCUUAUGCUAGCCUAAUUCCAUUUAAUUUGAUGGAGAUACUUCUGAUUUAUGUCAGUCCAGAGCAUUGCAAACAGCUACAGGCAGAAGAGGAAAACGAUAGUGAUCAUUGCUAGGUGAAGAGCUAAUGCAUGGGUUCAGCUUUUAAUUCUAGACUCCUGGUGCUUUGUAAUUUUGUUCAUGUCUGUCCAGGUCAUGUUUACUGUGAAUUGUAGAGCAGAAGCACUUAUAUGUAUAUAUUGUACACACACACACACACACACACACACACACGUACAUAUAUAUAGCAUAUGAAUAUAUAUGUAUAUAUGUAUUGUAUAGAUAUAUGCAUAUGUAUGUACAUAAAAUAUUGUCUAGAACUCAAAGGAUUAUAUUUUUGGCACCUGUACCAUGGCCUUAGCACAGUUUUUAGGCAGAAUUUAGAGUCAUAAAGUCAAUGGGAUUACUAGGACUUAGGUUUACUCUCAUGAGUAAUAGUUUGUAGAAGCAGACCUUAUUUUUCUGGCUGUGUGUUACAGUUACUUCAAUUUAGGGAUAUUGUUCUAGUCUUAUGUGCUUUCAAACUCAAAGAAACAAUAAAAUGUAAAUAUUAAAAUA